CCCAGGGGGCGCCGCCAAGGGCGCAGCGGCCUGCGGGGCGGCCAUCGCGCUUCCGUGGGCCUCAGCCGCUGCUUUCCCGGCUCCUGCGCCGCCGCUCCCCCGCCUCAGCCAUGCUGCCCUCCCGAGCCCCGGCGCUGUGCACGGCCCUGCGGCGAGCAGCGCCCGGCGGCCUCGCUCCCUUCCACUCCUCCGCUCGGCGCUGCCGCGCCGCCCGCGUCGCUGUGGUCCUGUCUGGCUGUGGUGUCUACGAUGGCACAGAAAUCCACGAGGCAUCAGCUGUACUGGUGCACCUGAGCCGUGGGGGAGCUGAGGUUCAGAUGUAUGCUCCAGAUGUGCCUCAGAUGCAUGUCAUUGACCACAGUAAAGGACAACCAGCUGAAGCUGAGUCAAGGAAUGUUUUAGUGGAAUCUGCAAGAAUUGCUCGUGGUAAAAUCACAAGCCUGGCUAAGCUGACUACAGCAGACCAUGAUGCUGUGAUAUUCCCCGGUGGAUUCGGAGCUGCCAAAAACCUAUCCACCUUUGCCGUUGAUGGGAAGGAUUGCAAGGUGAACAGAGAAGUUGAGCGAGUCCUGAAAGAUUUCCACAAAGCAGGCAAACCUAUUGGCCUGUGCUGCAUUUCUCCAGUGCUGGCAGCAAAGGUGCUCUCUGGUGCUGAGGUAACUGUGGGCCACGAAGAAGAGGAAGGGGGCAAGUGGCCUUAUGCUGGGACUGCAGGAGCCAUCAAAGAGCUGGGAGCAAAGCACUGUGUGAAAGAAGUAACCGAAGCUCAUGUGGAUACAAAAAAUAAGGUGGUGACCACCCCAGCAUUUAUGUGUGAAACAGCAUUACACCAUAUCUUUGAUGGCAUUGGGGCAAUGGUAAAGAAUGUGCUAAAAUUAACUGGCAAAUAAAAUCAGAAAUGUUUAAAUUUAGGACAUAGUAUCAAACAUAUCACGGACCAAUGGAGACAUUUGCACCUGCUUGUCCUGUUCAGACUCUAGUGAAUGCUGAUAUGAAGCUGAUUGAUUCCCAGCUGCAGGAUUUUCCAUGCCUUUUUGAGAGAGAGGCAUUGCAGAGAGCUGACUGGAUGUGUUCUGAAACAAAGUCUUCCCAGCACACCGAUGUCAAACCAGCUCUAAGGGGGAAAAGGAGACUCAAGGCCCUUUCAGAAGCUGAGGGCAGAUGAGAGGAAUGAA